ACAAAAUUGCAGAGUGAAAGCAGAAUGUGUUCCUCCGAUGUGAGAAAGAAGAAAGCUAGAAAGGGCAGAGACAGGUUGAGCAAUUUACCGGACUCAAUUCUUCAUCACAUCUUCUCUUUUGUCGACACUAAACAAGCGAUCCGAACUUGUGUGCUGUCAAAGAGAUGGAGACAUUUUUGGGUUUCUCUUCCUCAUCUCAAUUUUGACUAUGAAUCCUUUUCUCCAAAAUGGCAUUUUCAAAAGUUCGUUCUCCAAGUCUUGCCUAUCCGGCGUGACAACCCCAAUUUUGGUGGCAAGUUUCACUUUCGUUAUGGGCUUUGGUUGAGGGCUAAAACCUUAAUGAAAAAGGUUAUAAGCUGCGUUGUGUCCCGUAGGUUUCAGCAUCUUCACUUGGAGGCAAACACAAGCUUCCCAUACGCACUUCUCAAUUGUAAAUCUAUUGAAACGCUGGAUUUGAACUCAUUUAGUACUUUACCACUGUCAUUUGCUUCUUUUACAAUGCUGAAUUCAUUGCAUCUGGAAAAUUGUUCUUUUGCCGUUUCUGAUCAAACUGAUGAGUUGCUUGAUCCUUUUGUUAAUUGUCCCAAUUUGAAGAACUUAAGCCUAAUCUGUUGCAACUUUGGAAGCGCAAAGUCUCUUAGAAUAUCUGGGUUGCAAUUACUUAGCCUCUCACUUCAGAAUGGACUUCAGAAUGCAUAUUGCCCGCAGUUAAAGAUUGAAAUUUUUGCUCCAAAACUCAACUUCUUUAUAUAUCAUUGGAUAGGGCCUAUGGUUUUUGGUGAGGUCAAUUUUCCUUCUCUUAAUGUUGUGGAUAUUGCAGUUUAUCGAGUUUAUCCAUCGUUCGACGGGGAAAAUGCCAAUAUGAAUUUGAUCAAUUUGUUCCGAGGAUUCCAUAAUGUGCAAUUUGUCAAACUGCAUUAUAAUACAAUUGAGGUCCUUACUUUCGUUCCUGGUUUACUGGAAAAACAACUUUGCCCCUUUACUAAUUUGAAGUCCUUAAAAUUGUGCUUGCCCAACUAUACUAAAUCAUCAAAGAUGCCUUUUCAUGUUAUGCGCUACUUGCAUGGUGACUCAUCUGGUGCUGAUCUUAUAAUCGUCAAAUCUUGAAGACCAUUUGCAUUCUGCAGCCUCCAACACUUAAAAUUUUAA